UGUCACCGGAGCUGGAAGGCAAACAACGCCGACGGAACUAACGAACUGCCCGGCGCUCACCUUUUAAACCCUUCGCAAUGCAACCUGCAAAGCCCACCAGCGUACAUAAAGCCAGCCCAGGCGGCUUGCAAGUUUGCACACGUUGACCUCUGGGAAACCGUUGCAGCUUCAAGUUGCAAGCAGAGUCUGAUGGACGGUGCCCACAAAUAAUCGCGCUUCCACGCACGUGACCUCCUCUCGCCCUCUAUUGUUAUUAUUUCUGAUCGAUCUGGCUGGAAACUUAAAGGGGCCGUCUCUGCACGCUCAGUAGAUCUAAAGCGGUGUCAGUGUGGGGUUAAUCAAUCAAUCAGCGGAGGAUCUGCAGGUCUGGGAGGAGAAACUGGAGGCUGGGCCAAGGGAGAGAGAGAAGAGAGAGAGAGAAGAGGGGUGUGUGUGUGUGAGAGAUUUUGGGAGGUUCAUACUGCACCUUCCCCGGCUCUCUGGCCACCUCCUUCAAACCCAUCCCAAACUCCUGCAGAGUGCAGACGGGAUUGCCACCGCUGCCUGGUGUGGUGCUGCACAAGACCAACGUGAACCCAGCGGGGUUCUCGGCGUCCUUUGUGAUCUCUCCCGCCGGACCAGCAUCAGAUGACAGCAGCUACAGACACCGAGGGAGGGAAGCGCAGGCUGCUCAAGCCACCAGCCAGUAUCUGAACCGGAUCUGCAGAGGCAAGAGAAACACCGAGAGAGCGCGCGAGCGGAGUGGGAAGAGCAGCCCGCGCGAGCAGCAAAGCAGUCGCGCCGCGACCCUUGCAGGGGCAUCCGCGUGCCCAGCGGUGGGCGGGCGUGUGGGGCUAAAGCCGCAGAGGGCAGGAUCGCUCCUCCGCUGCCAAGCCUGAAGGGAGCUGUGGGAGAAGACACGCCAAGGGAAGGGAUAUCCCCGGCCGGCAGCAGCGAGGAGGAGCCCCAGAAGGGAGACCCCCAGCAGCGUCCCGAGCGCUUCUCCCGAGGAGAGCCUCCAGGCCGGAUCCAGCAGCGUGCCAGGAUGCUGCUGCUGCUGCUGCCGCUGUGGCUGCUACUGUUGCCGGUGCCGGCUCAGAAGUUCUCGGCGCUCACGUUUUUAAGAGUGGAGCAAGACAAGGACAAAGAAUGCAGCCUGGAAUGCACAGGAUCCCCCCAGAAGUCAUUGUGUGCUUCAGAUGGCAGGACCUUUCUGUCCCGGUGUGAAUUUCUACGGGCAAAAUGCAAAGAUCCUCAGCUUGAAAUUGCUUACAGGGGCAACUGCAAAGAUGUUUCGAGAUGUGUGGCAGAGAGAAAGUACACUCAGGAACAAGCGCGCAAGGAGUUCCAGCAAGUGUUUAUUCCAGAAUGCAAUGACGAUGGCACGUACAGCCAGAUUCAGUGCCACAGUUACACAGGCUACUGUUGGUGUGUCACUCCUAAUGGUCGUCCAAUCAGUGGUACAGCUGUAUCACAUAAAACUCCACGUUGUCCAGGUUCUCUAAAUGAAAAGCUGCCACAACGAGAAGGCACAGGAAAAACAGAUGAUGCCUCAGCUCCUGCAUUGGAGACUCAGCCCCAAGGUGAUGAAGAAGAUAUAGCUUCUCGUUACCCGACUUUAUGGACUGAGCAAGUAAAGAGCAGACAGAAUAAGACCAAUAAAAAUUCUGCAGCAGCAUCGUGUGACCAAGAACUUCAGUCAGCAUUAGAAGAAGCUAAACAACCUCAAAAGGACAACGUGUUCAUUCCAGAGUGCGCUAAUGGUGGCCUUUACAAACCAGUGCAGUGUCAUCCUUCCACAGGAUACUGCUGGUGUGUCCUUGUAGAUACAGGACGGCCCAUCCCUGGCACAUCCACAAGAUAUGAACAACCCAAGUGUGAUAACAGUGCCAGAGCUCAUCCAAGCAAAACAAAAGAUUUGUUCAAAGGACGCCAGCUUCAAGGUUGUCCAGGAGCCAAGAAGAAUGAGUUCCUGACCAGUGUUCUAGAUGCACUCUCAACAGAUAUGGUGCAUGCAGUCUCUGAUCCUGCAGUGUCUUCCAGCAGGGUUUCAGAACCAGAUCCAAAUCACACUCUGGAGGAGAGAGUCGUCCACUGGUAUUUUAAACAACUGGAUAAAAAUGCUAGUGGUGACAUUGGCAAAAAAGAAAUCAAACCAUUUAAGAAGUUCCUGAGGAAAAAAUCCAAGCCCAAGAAAUGUGUGAAAAAGUUUGUGGAGUAUUGCGAUGUGAACAAUGACAAAUCCCUAACAGUUCCAGAAUUAAUGGGUUGCCUGGGUGUAACGAAAGAAGACAAUAAAGCAGACACAAAGAAACGUCAUACUCCAAAAAAUAAUGCUGAAAGUACUCCUUCCAACAGGCAGCAAACCUCAAAGAAGCAAGGCUGAACUCUUCAUAUCCAAAGCAAAUCUCUCAGAUAUGUGGGAGACUUGUUCACCAAAAGGCAAUAAAAAAAAUAAAACAACCGUAGUAUUUGCACUUUGUACUUUAAAUGUAAAUUCACUUUGUAGAAAUGAGAUAUUUAAACAGACAUUUUUUAAAAAAAAUCUGUGAAAAUGUAAUAACGGCUUGUUUUAAACAAUUAUCACAUACAAUGUAUGUGCUUUUUUUGUUGUCUGAAAUCUUGUUAAUGUUGGAGGUGUAAAAGUUUGCAUUUAAUCUUUCUGGAAGAACAACAUUCUGUCAGACAGUACUACAGAAACUGGCCAAGCAGUAUUGUUUUUCUAUUAGUAGUUACGCUAAAAACCUGCUUGAUUUGAAAUCUACUGUACUCACAAUGUUACUUAAUCUGUUUUUGAGGUUGCAUGUUCCUACAUCCAAACAAAAGGUUGUUAAUUGAUGUUGCCUUCUUGUGCACCUUAUGUAAGCAAGGAAACGUUUUUUCUGUUGGUGUUUAGGGUGCUUCUUUAAAAAUUGUGUUGGCUUUCUCAAGAUAUAAUCACACAUCAAAAAUGCAACCACUAAUGGAUAAAAAAACCCUUUUUGUCUUUCUGUACCGUAUUUAGAUUCUUGUAGAAAAGGCUUUCUACCCCCUUUUAGAGGAUAUCCAGUAUAAUAUAUGCUUUACUAUCCAAGCCCCGUUCUUUUUGCCUUUUAAUUGGUUAGACAGCCAGCAAACUGACAGGAAAUGUUGCAGCUCCUUGUGUCACUCAAAACUGAUUCUGCCAAGCCCCAGAAUAGACAUAACAAGGCAAUAAUGGGGCACACUUGUUCAGUAUUAUUACUCUAAUUACAAAGAGACAAAGAAGGCAAAGCAGACUUGUCAGGCUUUCCUUGUCCGUAUACUUGGCUGGUCUGUGAUAUGCAACUUGCAGUGCCCCAGAGCUACAAAAAAUGUAAAACUAUCACCUGAACAAAUUAUGAACAGUGAGGGUAAAGAGGUGCAAUCGGCAGGCACCAGCUCUCCCUUAAGGCAUCCUUCUUGCCAUCUGGGAGAUGUUCUUGCAAGUGUUCAUACCUUUCCUGUCAUUCAGAGGCAGGUCUUUUCACCCCUUUCUUGGAAUGCCUUGAGGGAACGAGAACUUGCAGAUGUGAACUUCAUAGCAAAAGAUUUGAAAGAACAAAAACAAACACAAAAGAACUUGAGCUUCAGACCUUGGACAGCAAUGAAUUAUAAGCAGCAAGAGAGAUCCAUGUGGAGGGUAGACAGACUGCGGGCACCAAAAAAGAAUGUGAAGUGGACAGUAGGGAUUGUAGUAAUGAGCAGUCAUCUCUUCAGUUUAUUAGAACAAGACCCUUGGAACAAUGUGUAGAAUAGCUGUUGGUAAUCACAUGCUGACUCUGCCUCUAUUUGGAAACUCUUUGUUACAAAUAGGAAUGUGUUUGUAUCUGCAUAUAUAGCUGCUUGGUGUUAUACUGGUGGAAAUCUAUGUACACAUUGGAAUUGAGCAAGAAAAGGAAAGAGUCCUGAGCAAGAGUGGCAAGAGUUUGGAGGAGUCAGGAGAAGAGACACCAAAAUGCAAAUGUAUGUUCAUCUUUGUAAAAACAAAAAAACAAAACAAAAAAAUCUUUUACUCAGAAUUUAUUUGAUAUCUUUUUAUAAUGCUAAACUUUGGAUUUAAUCUGUUUAGAUUAAAGUGUAGUAUGCUAUGAAA